AUGAACAGCCGGGUGCUACUACUGAUCGUGAGCUUCACACUCGAUCUAGCUGUGUCGGUUCCUUCGGAAGUGGCUGAAGAACACAGUGCUCCGUGUUCGAUUCGGUUUAGCAAACACGCAACCGGCGAAGGUGUCUACAACAGAACGUUCAACGAUGUACCGUACUGUGCCUUCUUGGGACUGCGCUAUGCCAAGCCUCCCGUUGGAGAGUUAAGGUUUGCCAACCCAACCCAGCAAGAUCCCGAGGGACGCGCAAACUACACAGCGUACGGGAGUGUUUGUCCACAGUUUCAAAACAUCAACCGACAGGAUGGUAUAGUGGGCAAUGAAGAUUGUCUCUUUUUGAACGUAUUUGCACCGGUACAAGAGGCAGACUCGCAGCUCACUGAUGCACAUCCUGCAAAGUUUCCGGUGUUGGUGUUUAUACAUGGUGGAAGCUUUGUUGCUGGAUCAGGAGAAGUUCACGGGGUGGACCUACUUAUGGAAAAUGAGUUGAUCGUCAUCACCCUUAACUAUCGUUUAGGAGUUUUUGGAUUCUUAAAGCACGAGAGCCAAAACAUUACUGGCAACUAUGGACUGAGAGAUCAGCUUGCCGCUCUGCAAUGGGUCCACCGUAAUGUGCACCAUUUUGGUGGCGAUCCUGAGCGUGUAACACUUAUGGGUCAUAGUGCCGGUGGUGCCUCAGUAACCCAUCAACUGUACCACGAGCAGGCUCGUGGUCUUUUCCACAGUUUGAUCGUGCUGAGCGGAUCCAUGCUGGCACCGUGGGCUAUUCUGUACGAUUACAGUCGAUGUCUGGAUAAUUACAUACACGAUAUAGAUGCCACCACACUCGGCGAACUUCGUGAACUACCGUUUGAAAGAUUCUUUAUCGCGGAUCGUAAACUUCGUCACACGUUUGCAUUCUCCAGCAUGUUUUACGUGUGUUUUAUUCCAACGCUCGACAAUCGUACCUCGGAAGCUGGUGCCUACUUUCCUAGCCCUCCCCAUGAGAUGGUGCACGUGCGAACUCCACCGCAAAUUCCGAUCAUUAUUAGUGAGACAAAGACCGAAUUUGAGCUACUUCUGCCGCAUGUGUUUGACUUUUGGAUGAGCACAAACUAUCUAAACAGGCGUCAUCCGACUGUCAGGCAACAGGUUGGUGACAUCCUGGAUAACGUUGGCAAAUGGGCGGUAAUACAAGGACUUGAACCGACGAAACAACAGUUCUACCAGAAGAUGGCAAAUAUGGCAAACAUUUUCUACCCAAUCAGACGGUUACUGAACGAGCUUGCGAGGCGAAUGGAUGAGGAUCAGCUGUACUAUAUGCGCUUUGAGUUUGAUGGGAAAUUUGGAGAGUAUAAGAAGAAGAUAUACGCAAAGUAUGUAGAGACGGAUAAGUACGGUGCGUUGCAUGGUGAUGAGCUGGGAUACAUAUUUAGUCCGUAUAAUCUGCGCGAAGCGUUAGCUAACCGGAUAGAGUAUCGGCGAGAGCUAUCAGUACACAAAAGAACCGUGGAGUUGAUUGCGAACUUUGUUAAGUAUGGAAAUCCAACGCCGAAACGUAGCAAACUCUCGGAUAUUGUCUGGACACCUUACAGAGAUGUGGAAAAUCGUACCAAUUAUCUUAACAUCGAUGAAGAGUUCACAAUGCGCCAAACCGAUGACCAGCGUAAUCUCUAUGCCCUGAUCUGGCACAUUGUGUACGAAUGUUUGUACCACGCACAUUGUGAUGCCGUCUCAAAGCUGGAGCUUCUGGCGGAGCAAUACGGUGGGAUGAUAGUGGAGCGAAAUAAUGAUGACUACUUCGAGAUACUGAAUGAAGACAUAAAAAGUAAUAUGACUUAG